CCACCUUCACAUCCACAUCUUUCUUCAAACAUACCAAACUCUCCCUCUCUCCUCUCAUUUUCACUCAUUCUCUCUCUCAAUCCAAGUUUGGUUUCAAUAAGCUCAAAUCAUGGCGAUAAAGAAGUCGAACAAAGUGGCAGCGUCUCAAGCAGCAACUAUAAAGAAAAUCUUGAAGAGAUGCUCAAGUCUUGGAAAGAAGAAUCAAGGCAGUUGCUAUUUCAGUGACGUACCGAAAGGUCACUUCCCGGUGUACGUUGGUCAACAAAGGAGUCGUUACGUGGUCCCAAUCGCAUGGCUAGCUCAUCCUGAGUUUCAGACACUCCUCCAACUAGCCGAGGAAGAGUUUGGGUUUGAGCACGACAUGGGUCUCACUAUCCCUUGUGAUGAAGCCGUCUUUCAAUCACUCAUCUCGUUGUUCAGAUAAAACUCGAUCUCGAGAGAGAUUGAUUUUACUGUCAAUGGGUAAUCUUUCGAGAUUAUGGUCCCCUUUUAAGGGUAUGAUAACAUUGUCACACGCUACGCUCCGAAGACUGAAACGUCAAACUUAUUAUCAAGAAGAUCAAGAAACAAGGAAUAAGAAAUAUAUAAUAUAUUAUGGGAUUUAGGUUUUUACUUUUACGUAAGAAGACGGAAGCAAAUGGUUGUCAUGGCGUCAAGCAUUGACUCAAGAUUUGUGGGUAUAUUAAUAUAUCUAACAGUAAAUUAAUUAACCACUCUCUUGGAAUUUUUUUUCUUUCCUAUUAUAUAUAUUAAUCUUGGUCUUGUUGUUUAUUCUAUUUUGAAUAUUUUGUAUAUUAGUUUGGGUGGGUGACUUUUCCCUUAAGUCAACGUGCAUUGUUGACCGUUGGUUUUUAAGAGGAAUAGCUAGUUUACUUGUAUUAAUGUUAAAUCAAUAAAAUUUAAUUUUCUUGUUUA